GCGCCAUUCCCACAAGCGUGUGUUUCCAUCUCUUAUUACACUACACAGGCAGAGCUUCAGCGGCCACAGUUGUAAACAUUCUACUCUACCGUCGUCACGCUACAAGGUAUAUCCAGCUAUGGAUAUAGACAGUGCCAGUUCAGUGGUGCUGCAGGCCUUGACCCAAGCUACCAGUCAGGACACAGCUGUGCUGAAGCCCGCGGAGGAGCAGCUCCGACAGUGGGAGACCCAGCCAGGCUUCUACUCGGUCCUUCUGAAUAUCUUCAAUAACCAAAUGCUGGAUGUGAACGUAAGGUGGCUGGCUGUGCUGUACUUCAAAAAUGGCAUUGACAGAUACUGGAGGAGAGUAGCCCCUCAUGCUUUAUCAGAAGAAGAGAAGACAUCGUUGCGUGCAGGUCUCAUCACAAAUUUCAACGAGCCUGUCAAUCAGAUAGCCACCCAGAUUGCAGUUCUUAUAGCCAAGGUGGCCCGUCUGGACUGCCCCAGGCAAUGGCCAGAGCUCAUCCCCAUUCUGCUGGAGUCUGUGAAGGGUCAAGAUGGCCUGCAGCAGCACAGAGCACUGCUAACCUUCUAUCAUGUCACCAAAACACUAGCAUCCAAACGUCUGGCACAGGACAGGCGGCUUUUUCAGGAUCUGGCGUCUGGCAUCUACAGCUUUGCCUGCUCCCUGUGGAGUCAUCACACCGACUGCUUCCUCCAGCAGAUCUAUGCCAGAGAUGAGGCUGCAGCACUUGGCUCACUAGAGAGGACACUGCUCUCUCUUAAAGUGCUUCGUAAGUUGACUGUCCAUGGAUUUCAAGAGCCACAACAAAAUAUGGAAGUGAUGGGUUUCCUGAAUGCAGUGUUUGAAAGGCUAAAACAAUUCUUGGAAUGCCGCCGACAGGUUGGUCCGGAUAGUACUUGCAGAGAAAAACUGGAGAAAACUAUCAUACUGUACACAAAAGUUUUGUUGGACUUUUUGGAAUAUCAUCCAUGUGCAUUCCUACCCCUAAUCCAGUGCUCCCUGGAAUUUGCCGUCAGCUAUGUGUUCACACCUGCAGGGGAGGGAGUGACCUUUGAACGCUUCAUUGUUCAGUGCAUGAAUCUCAUCAAGAUGAUUGUUAAGAAUGAUGCCUACAAACCUUCAAAGAACAUGGAAGAGAAUCUGGAGGCUCACAAGAUCAAGACAGCAUUCUUCACUCACCCCACACUGACGGAGAUUGGACGCCGGCUAGUCUCACACUAUUUCCUUCUCACUGAAGAAGAGCUGGCAAUGUGGGAAGAGGACCCAGAGAGCUUUGCCGUUGAAGAAACAGGUGGAGACUCUUGGAAGUACAGUCUGCGGCCUUGUACAGAAGUAUUAUUCCUGGAUAUCUUUCACAACUACAGCCAGACACUGACGCCAGUAUUGCUUGAUAUGGUUCAGAAUCUUCAGGGCCCCACCAACGUGGAAGACCCCGUCCAGCUGCUAAUGAAGGAUGCAGUAUACAAUGCUGUGGGUCUGGCUGCCUAUGAACUCUUUGAUAAUGUGGACUUUGACCAGUGGUUCAAGAAUCAGCUUCUUGGGGAGCUGCAAGUCCGUCAUCACAGGUACAAGUUGAUACGUCGACGAGUCAUCUGGCUGAUAGGACAGUGGAUCUCUGUCAAGUUCAAAUCCGACCUUCGCCCUUUAUUGUACGAGGUCAUCUUGAGCCUCAUGCAGGAUCCUGACUUGGUGGUGCGGAUUGAGACGGCUACAACCCUGAAGCUCACUGUUGAUGAUUUCGAGUUCCGGACCGAGCAGUUUCUCCCUUACUUGGAGUCUAUCUUCGGGCUGCUCUUCCAGUUGUUGCAGCAGGUGACGCAAUGUGACACUAAAAUGCAGGUGCUCCAUGUCAUCUCCUGUGUCAUUGAGAGAGUGAACAUCCAGAUACGGCCAUAUGUAGGCUGCCUGGUUCAAUACCUCCCUUUGCUCUGGAAGCAGUCUGAAGAACACAACAUGCUGCGAUGUGCCAUACUCACCACCCUCAUCCACUUGGUCCAGGGCCUUGGCGCAGAGAGUAAGAACCUGUACCCUUUCCUUCUGCCUGUCAUUCAGCUGAGUACUGAUGUUUCCCAGCCACCACAUGUGUAUUUGCUGGAGGAUGGACUGGAGCUUUGGUUGGUGACUUUGGAGAACAGCCCAGCUGUCACACCAGAGCUACUCAGAAUUUUCCAGAACAUGUCGGCAUUGUUGGAGUUGAGCUCCGAGAACCUGCGCACCUGCUUUCACAUCGUUAAUGCCUACAUAUACUUGUCUGCCACAGAGUUCUUGCAGAAUUAUGCAGAGUCUUUGUGUCGCUCCUUCUGUGAUUUGCUCAAAGACAUCACAAAUGAGGGACAGGUCCAAGUGCUCAAGGUGGUUGAGAUAGCUUUAAAGGUUAGCCCCAUACUGGGAGCCCACAUGUUCCAGCCCCUGCUGCCAGGUGUCUUCAGAGGUAUUGUGGACGGUGAGAGAUAUCCUGUGGUGAUGUCUACUUACCUUGGCAUCAUGGGCCGUGUCCUGCUCCAGAACUCGGGUUUCUUCUACGCUUUGUUCACUCAAAUGGCCGCUGAGUCCAACCAGGAGAUGGAGCAGCUGCUGGGCAGUGUUAUAGAUAUGUGGGUCGACCGCAUGGACAACAUCACUCAGCCUGAAAGGAGGAAGCUGUCCUCUCUGGCUUUGCUCUCUCUUCUACCAUCUGACAAUAGUGUGAUCCAGGACAAGUUCUGUGGCAUCAUCAACAUCUGCGUUGAGGCACUGCAUGACGUAAUGACAGAAGAUCCAGAUACAGGCACUCUCAAAGACUGCAUGCUGAUGAGUCAUUUCGAGGAGCCCAAGCUAAGUGAUGAUGAAGAGCCACCGACCGAACAGGACAAGAGGAAGAAACUGUUGGCCCUGGAGGACCCAGUGCACAGUGUUUCUCUCCAGCAAUUUGUCUACGAGAAGCUGAAGACACAGCAGACCCUGAUGGGGGACCAGGGCUUCGGGGUCCUGAUGGAGACUGUGGACACGGAGCUUGUCCGGCAGCUCCAGGAGUUCCUCCAAGGCCUCUGAAUUACAUCUACUGUCUGCCACGACCUUACACAAACACUUUUGCCUACCGCUAGUAUCCCCCUCCCCUCUCUUCCCCAGGUUUUAAAAUGUACUGGAAAGGCAACAAUUUGCCCUACGUGCCAGAAUCCAAACCUUCCCAACCUCUACUCAUGCUAUGCCUUAUCUAUAGACCUAGCCUUGUUGACUUCCCUCAGUUAUAAAACCUUGUCUCUUUCUGUGUGAAUUUCUUUUUUUUUUUUUAAUCAAUAUGGUGUUUAUGUGAGUGCUUAAAAAUGUCAAAGUACCCACACCCACAUAUAUCACCACACUAGAGCUUCCACUGAUUUCCUGUAGUUUCUUCUCUUUCUAUGUUUUCUAUGUGAAAUGUGUAGAAAAUUGAAAGGAUAGUAUAACCAUUAGGGGGGAGGUUGAGAAGAAAAUAGCAACAAAAAAAAAAAAUCAUUUGCAGAUGCCAGAGAACGAGCCUCGGACUAUUUUCUAUGGAAAAACAUACAGAUUGUAGCAGCAAUGUGGACAAAAUAUACCUGAAGGACCUAAAGCAGUGUUUACAGACUUGAUUCUAAAAGAAAAAAACAUAAAAGAAAUGUAAUUUUGUAUGUAUGUAAAAUAUGGAUGAUAUUCCGCAUGACAAAAUGUUACUUUUUAGUUUGUUUUUAUGUUAUGUUGAUUUCUCCUUUGUUUUAAAUAACUUUUGUCAUAACCAGAGAUGAAGUUGAAGUAACUACUGAGAGAACUCUGUUUUUUCUUUCUAUUUGAGUUGGGUUAGAGGGAAUGUGUCUGUAAAAUGAGUGAUUUUUAAAUGGUUCACGAUGCUAAACCACAUUUAUAUGUGUAUAUAUACAUACAGCUGCUAAUUGAUGGUGUGUCAGAGCACUUUAUAACCAAAAGACCUAUUUCAUAUGUUUUUUUUCAAUCUCACUAAUGGUACAUGUUCGCACAUCACAAGGCCUUGGGGCAGUGCAGCAGGAUUGUGCCAGUGAGGCUGUAGUUGCAUUAAGACAGCAUCUUGGUUUUGUCACAGUUUCAUUUGAGGUUUUCAGAUUUAAGUUGAACAUUCACAAAAUGAGCCACUGUGACUUUCUUCAGAGUCAAUAUAUACAUCACGGUUAGAAAGAUGAGUGCAUCUGUCCUGCUGCCCUGUUUUUUUUUCCUCUGCUUUGACCGAUUUUCGUUUUUUGGUGAUGUAGUGGUAGAAAUAAAGUGUAUUAUUGAUUUGGCAGGAAAGCACAUUUUCUUCACCUGUUUUCGCAGAACAACUGAUUGUGUGGAAGCUUUUCAAACUUGUAUCAUGAUAAAGGAGUAAUGGUAAUGCACAUCCGCACAUUGGUGCUUCAUUAAAAAAAAAAAAAGAGAAUAAUUUCAUGUAGAAUGUCGAAAUAUAUUAUAAUUUGUUGUAAUUUGAAACUCGUAAGGAGAAACCUGAACUUACCCUGCCUCCAUAAUCAGUUCUUCUGAAACGUAUGGAUUAAUGUGGUUCAUUAGGUCAGGCGUCCUCCCUGGAACGGAGAUAAUCCUUAUACGAGCAAUUUUGACACUGUGAUGAGUAGCGGUCAGAUCUACAGCCUUAUGCUUUCAGCCUUACCUGUUAUUAAUACUCAAAAAGAGCUCUCUUUCUAUCUUAUUUUCCUGACUAGUUUAGAAGUAGAUGUCUUUACUUAAUAAUUCAUUAAUUAUGUCAAUUUUUAAGUUUUGACACAACGCAUAAUAGUGAAGAUUUUGAUUUAUAUGUUCUGGUUAUCUUUUGAUGGGGUAAAAGAAAAAAAAAAACCUUGUUGCUUUUUCCAAAGCCUUCAAUAAAAUGCAUAAAUCAGG